UUCAUCUAAACUCACAAUCAUCUUGAUUAAAUUGUUUUGAAAGAAAAUAUUAAUAAUAAUUAUUACAAGUUCCUUGAUUAACUAAUUGAACCCAAACAAUUUGAAAUCAACAAUGUCUCCAAUCACCAUCGUAAACUUAAUUUUAACUGUGUUGAUUUGUAGUCAGUUAAAUGGUUCAAUAGUUUCGGCCCAAAAUGGAUGUCCGAAGCAUGUAAUCAAAUACAAGAUCCAUUCUUCAUUGGUUUUAUUUCUAAUUGUUAUUGUAGCCCAUUCGCAACAACUGAUUGAGACAACGUUACAAGAGUUCAACGAAAAAACAAACUUGGAAUUCAUUCCUGAAUAUGGAUAUAUUCCUGACGAUAGUAAUGUCCGUUUCUUAUUCAGACGUGAUAAUUUUGAGUGUACAGUUUUUGAAGACUUAAUUCUGUUGACACCUUUAUGUGAAUGUAAGAGUCACAUUAUUCGCUAUGUGAUGGCUGCACUCGAGGUUCCUAGUGUUCCAGUCAUAUCCGAAGAUUGCGAAAAUGCUCAAUUGUCAUCUGACGAUGUCUAUACAAUCAACAGCAAGUACUAUUGUUGUUCUCAUUACGAUAAUAUUCUAUUUAAUGGUGGACACGCAUUGAAUUCACUUAGUGGAUUUACAAAGAAAUCAACUCAAAACGCUAGAAAUCCAUGGGGAGCCGAAAAUAUCUGGACUGAUUCAUCGAUUGCUUAUCUUAUCGACGACUCAUUAAUUAAUUCAACAUCAACCAUCAUGGAAGCGAUCGAAGAGUUUAAUCAGAAAACUUGCUUGAAAUUCAAGCUUCGAGAAAAUGAAUCUGAUUACAUCGUAUUCAAGAAAGGCGAUAGUUGCAAAUCUUUAAUUGGAAAAAUUAACGGUGAACAACCAAUCGAACUGUCCUUUGAAUGUUACGAAUGUAAAAGUCGAAUCGUGCAUGAAUUAAUUCAUACAAUUGGUUUUUCCCUUGCUGAACAUUCUAUACGACGGCCUUGCGAACCUGGUGAAUUGUCAUUUCUAAAUAUUAGACGGAUCGAUAGUGUUUAUUGUUGACAACCUUGACCAGACUGGACACAAUAAGGAACUCGGACUCUUGGAUAAUCCCUUCAAUCAAUUUAAUACUUAAAUAUAUAUGAAUUAUUAUAAUAAAACUUAAUCUUUAUUCAAAAAA